CGUAAAGAAGCAGCCACAUGGAUACCCUCUCCGAAAAUUCACCAGCACCAUGAAAGGGUCUGUAGAUGAUUCCGUCGUUGAACGCAGACUAAGACCUAUAUAUGACUGGCUUGACCUUGGAAACACUCGCAAAGCAAUUCAAGAAUGCGACAAAGUUUUGAAAAAGCAGCCUGGCCUGAGCUGUGCAAAGGUGCUCCGUUGCUUGGCUUUGCUACGGUCUGGCAAGGCUGAAGAUGCUCGGCAGGGUAUUGCUCAGGUGGUUGCCUCAAAACCCACUGAUGACAGUUCUUUACAAGCUCUCACAAUUUAUUACAGAGAAAUACACGAGUUGGACAAAAUCUGUGAGGUUUAUGAAGCAGCUGUCAAGAAUCAGCCUAAGAAUGAGGAAUUGCUCUCCCAUCUCUUCAUGUCUUAUGUCCGUGUGGGGAACUUCAAGAAGCAACAGCAGACUGCCAUGACUCUCUACAAAGUCAAGCCCAAGAAUCCCUAUUACUUUUGGGCAGUCAUCAGCAUUGUUAUGCAGGCUAAAGAAGAACCAGAAGGCAGUAGUGAUCAACGCAUGUGUCUGACUCUGGCUGAGCGCAUGGUUGAGAAAUUCUACAAAGAAGGCAAACUUGAAGCUGAAGCCGAGGUUCUAGCUUACCUAUAUGUUCUGGAGCUACAAAAAAAGUAUCUCGACGCUUUGGAAAUUCUAGACUCUGACCUGAGAGAGAAGAUCACCCAACAGCCAGCCAAUUUUGUUCAGCUCAAGAGAAUCAAUUACCACUUGGCCCAGCAGCAAUGGCAGCAGGCACAUGCAAUAUGCAAGGAACUAAUAGCAUUGCAACGUGACAAUUGGCAGCAUUACGAGAGCUUCUGCUUCUCCUUGAUCAAGAUCUACCAAAGCUCGAGUGAUUCUAACUGUGAUAAGAGUAUACUAGAGGAAGGCGUGUCCUUCCUGCGUGACAACCUGAAGGACACUGAGAGUAGACAUAACACCAAGUACAGGGCUCCGUUCCUGGCUCUCUUGGAACUCGUGUGGCAAAUGAGAGCUGCUGGAUUAGAAGACUUGGUUGUUGAACUUGGUGUUCGUGCUGAGGACGAGAUGCUGGCGUACCUGAGCAAGUUUGGCAGCAAAUGGUGUGCCUUCAGCGACGUGCGUCGCUUCCUGCUGCUGCUUCCCAGUGACAGCGUUGGGGUCCUCGUGACCAAGCUCAAGGAUUGCGUGAAUCUUGAUGACAAAGGAUUACCUAUUGAUGUACCAGCGCUUUACCGACACCUCACGUGGCUGCAAGUCAAGCGGUGUUUGAUGCCAGACGUGAACUUCACUGCCAGUGAUCAUCUCGAAGAAGCUGACAAAUUUCUAUUUAUGUACAACAACUGCCACCACCUCGCCUGCCAGACGGUCGCUACUGACAUCAGGCGCAAUGAUAUUUAUCUCUUGCUCUCCACACACAGCGUUUUGAGUGCGCUGUCAUUGCUGAGUGCUGAACGUCCAGACUCUGCUGAAAAGAUGCCGUCCGCCAGUUUGCUGGUCAUCAAACUAGCGGGCAUCCUAGAAGCUGCCAUAGCCUCUUCACGCGCUAACUUCCAGCUGAAAUUGCUCCUACUCCAGCUCUACAAUAUGAUUGGUGCCUGCGGAGCUUGUCGAGUUUGCUACGAGAGCCUCGAGAUCAAGAGCGUGCAGCUCGACACUCUGGGCAAUGUGCUGGCGCUGCAAGCUCUCGACGCUGGCCACUACGACUUGGCUUCUUCUAUUUUCUCCACUACUAACUCCUUUUUUGUCUCUGCAGCCAAGGAUACUGGCGAGCCGAUGAUCCAGGCGUACAGAUACGGCUCCCUGACGCGCAUCCCCGAGUUCAGGGAGUUCAGAGAGCGGCUCGAGCGCUCGGUGCACUUCGCUACCGUCACCGCCGAGCAGAUGUUGCUGGAGCUCACGCACUCGGUGUCGAGCCACAAGGCUGCGGUAUCGGUGCUAGAGCAGCAGCGGAUCGAUCCUGUAGCUGACAAGACAGACUACGCCUCCCUCGUCUGCAACACUGACAAAUCCGUUAAAAUUCACUGGCUACCCACGCCGCUGCCAGUCCCUGGAUCGCUAUAUAUAAACACAGAAAGCCUUAGCAGUCACGCCAGUGUUGGCUCGACGAGCGAGAGGAGAGGAGGUGCGCAGCCUGAUGCUGCGGUCGUGGAGGAGCUCAAACUCCGCAAUGUUACUCUGAGGCUUUUGGGGGCUGGUCUGCAGCUCACUAAACAUAAGGAGACCAGCACCUCGCCUCUGACAAACGGUUGCAGCGUCUCUGAAGUCUCCAGCUUACAGCAGUACUCAGACGUCCUCGCUGAGCUGGAGAGCCUCAAACUCUCGUCACAGUCAAUUGCUGAUGUGGAGGAAGAAAGAAUAGACUGCUCUACUCUGGGCACAUCACGAAACGUUGGUUGCUACGCUAGAGGCAGUUUUGUGGACUGCAUCCUGAGACACGGCAACCUGCUUUUGAUGCUUCACAACUGUUGUGCUGGCGGCAAGACAGCUGAGGUGACGUAUACACGCGACACAGCGCAGGCAUGUAAGGAAGGUGUGAACGACCUGCUGGUCGCCGCGACCGCUGGGCUACGCGAGCUCCACGCCAGCGCCGCCACCGCCGUCCUCGCCAACACCCGAGCCUUGUUACUGCUGCACCACGCGCUGCAGACUGUGGGCAUAAUAACCGUGAUGCUGGGCUUUUGUAGUGCAAUUUUACGUGCCGUCAAAAGGCCUGGCAAGAAGAGCAAGAAGAAAAUAGAUGCGCCCGCUCAGUUGGAAUGCUUAGAGGAUUUUUCAUGGUACAUCACGUGGCUGGAAGCCGAGCUUGGAUCCCUGCAGCCCGCUCUACAAGAGAAACUUUCAAUAGCCAAAGAAAAUUCCCGCAACAGCAUAAAUCUUUAUUCUAAAAUCGUCCCAAAGUUUAAAAAUAAAGACGAUCAAGCGUUUGAAAACUCUACUGCGAGCUCUGACAACAACGAACUUGAGUCGAGCGUUGCUUCUUUGGGUCUUGCUGAUAGACUUACAAACGGCGUAGAAAAAGAAGAAACCAAAAACGAAAAAUAUGUUCCUAAUGAAACUGAAGGAAAGGAGCCACUGAAAGAUUCUCUCGAACCUGUUCUUCCAGAUUUUACCAAGACCGGCCUCAUGAUUGACGCAAGUUACCAGGAGAGCCUAUCGAACUUGAAAGCAUCCCUGACGGCUAAGUUAAAGUAUAUUUCUACCAUUAAACUCUGAUGCUUCUUAGGAAGAGUUUCUUUGCAAUUCUCAAGCGUAUCGCUGCCUAGUUACUGGGUGACCUGUACUCGAUGUAGUUGCCCACUGUUUCUCACAGCCAAAUUUAGUGUUGGGUAUAAAUAUCCUUAAUGUUUGCUCGCAUUGAUGAGCCAACCGUGCAGCAUCAUGAUGAUGUAACAUUAGCCCGUUACGAAUCAGUCACUCUUUCAGCCCACGGUUCUCUGUUUCAUGCCCGAUCUUUUGUAGUCGAGUUAACUCAGUUGCUAUCACAUAAGUAGAAUCCGGUAAUGACCACCGGAGCUGGGCGCUAGCUUCCAUGUGGCCACUCAAUUUUUAAUUUUAGUUAAUUUCUUCGGGCAUCAUUGAAAGUCAUCAGGUUGUGUUCUAUAGACAAUCUCUACGCUUUUGGGUCAGUCGCGCUGGCUGUUGUCGGCAGGAUGUACAAGGCUGGCUGGGUUGUGCUUCUUUUCUUUAUCAUGUCUUUUUAUAUUCAUCGAGAUCCCUGUCCAAUACCGACGUCAGCAACCAUUUUUACUGCAACAAAAGUCAUCUGUCUUCAUUUCCGGCAAUUUAUUAGUCAUCAUAAUUAUUAUUGAGAAUUGGGACAUCAUUUUGCUUUGUCAAUAUUUCCCCAAUGCUAAGGGAUGAUGAACGUGGGUGUGUUUUCAGUAUGACACUUGUCUUUUAUUAUAUUAUUGAAUCAUUUUUUAAUAAAUUCACAAUUUAUUAAUUUGUGCGAUGAUCUUGGUAUCUUCUAGUUCAUAUGGCGAGCUAUACGUUCUCUCCUACCGCGCUUGGCAUGGCUGCGCAUGUACCGACUUGUUGGUAGCCAAAUGUUGAAAUGCAAGCCGCCUUUUUCCAUUGUUGCGAACAAUCUUUGCUCAAAUCAGAUACUGCGAUCACACUUAGAUUUUUAAAUUUUUUUUCCUCAAUUUGGCCAGAAUUUAGUCACUCAAUUCAUGUUGGCGAAGGAUUAGUAACGACUAAUUAAUUGUUCAAUUGUUUGUGUGCUUUUCUGUUCAUCCUGGAUUCUCUCUAAUUCUGUACAGAUUUUACUACAAUUUUUCACGCACAAGUUGCUAGCGCGUGGGUAACUAGAAUUCACGAAAAGUUCUAUAACAUUAUUUCUGAUACUAACACAGCCGUGCGUGUUGUUCCAUGUGUGCGUUUUCUCAUGAAGCAUUGUUUCUGUUUCACUUUGGUUUGGUGAACCGUUAUUGCCCUCCUUAUGCGUAGGUAAAUGAGCUCUCGUUUUGUCACUGCCAUUUCUGUCGGUUCUCUGAGAAGAAAUCUCAUCCCAGAAUGUUACUUAUUGACAGCCCCCAGAGAGCUUUCAGCCUCAACAGCGUUGCUACUUCGCGAAUAUUUUUAUCUGCAAAAUUGUUCACACCAGCUAAUUUGGGCCACGUUGUUAAUAAUCCAGCACUGUGUCAUCAUUUUUAGUGGAGUUAAUAUAAAUUUUCUCCGUUUUUUA